AUGGCUGCCCCGUCGCAGGCCGGCCGCCGGUCAUUCGGAUUUGCCCUGCCAUUGGAUAAUGGCAACAGUUGGUCGAUUGCACAUGCGAAAUGCAUCGUCUACUCAAUGUGGGAAGCGGAGCUCACGUCGACAAGAUGCCAAUUUGGCCUCCUUCGAGCCUCACUGGUGUUCGAGUAUAGGAUUUUUCUGGAGGCAAUUGAGCCUCAAAAAUCCCCUAUGGUGGUUAUGUAUAAGAGUGGAACGACUCAAUCCGAACCGAGCGCAAAUCUUAAAACUCUCGAGGAGAACAGUCUACCGAAUAUGUCACACUCUAAAGCCAGCUCAAGCCAGAGCCUAGCAGAGUAUCCCACCGGAUCUACCCGUGCCGUUCCCUAUAGUGUCGAUCGCUACAUAGUCGAGUCAUCUUCCUGGACACAAUUGAGCCAAAGAACCAGUACUCCCCGCACGACUUACAACGACCUCAUGCAAUCAGACCUCGACAACCUAUUACAACAAGCUAAGCAACGGUCACGGACAAACCCGAAUUGA